GCGCACAAAACCCCUUCUGUACCCACUCUACUGUACUCCGUUACGUGCCUUUGUGUGCACCAUUUCGACGCAAACCUAAUGGCCUCGAAGCGACCCGCGGCCGUUUAAGCGCAAGAACGGGAACAGGACAGCCCCGUUCACUCAAGCGGCUCGGCUCCGAACGCGCCCCGGGACUGGCAGGCAUAGCGUCCGAGAUGCUGAGCGGGGCAACCUGCGGGGCCAAGCCGGGGCUCGGCAGCCUCCUGCUGGCCACCCUCACCAAAACAGUGCCGCCGAUGUCAGGCGUGGGUAGCCGCAGAUUUCGGUCCACAUCCUCGAUGCACGGAUUAUCGGAGAUGGCCAGGGAGCGGUCGAAGUCUGUCACGUCGUUUUACAACCAGGCCGCGAUAGACGUUUCCGCCGAAAAGCCCUCCGUGCGUCUGACCUUAGCGACCUUGCUGUAUUCUGGGAAGUCUCCUGAUGGCCACCACAUCCUGAGCAGCGCCAAGUACCUGCACAAGGAGCUGCCCGUGCGAAUCGCCCAUCGCAUCAAGGGCUUCCGCAGCUUGCCCUUCAUCAUCGGCUGCAACCCCACCAUUCUGCAAGUGCAUGAGCUGUACAUCCGAGCCUACCACAUGCUCAUCGACUUCCCCCAGAUCAAGGAUCAGGAAACGGAGGCUCGUUUCUGCAAGCUGGUGCAGCAGCUGCUGGACGACCACAAAGACGUGGUCACCAUGAUGGCGCAGGGCUUCAGGGAGUGCCGCAGACACAUCCAGGACGAGGCCAUCAUUCGCAGCUUCCUGGAUACGACGCUGUGCUCUCGUCUGGGCAUCCGGAUGUUGUCAACGCACCAUCUCGCCCUUUACGAAGACAACCCUGAUUUCGUCGGGAUGAUAUGCAGACGUCUCUCCCCCAAAAAGAUAGUGGAGAAGUGGGUGGACUUUGCCAGGCGUCUGUGCGAGCACCAGUACGGGAACUCACCCAGAGUGAGGAUCAACGGACACGUUGCUGCUCGCUUCCCCUUCAUCCCUCUGCCUCUGGAUUACAUCCUGCCAGAGCUCCUCAAGAACGCCAUGAGGGCAACCAUGGAGAGCCACCUGGAAACCCCCUACAACGUGCCCGACGUGGUCGUCACCAUUGCCAACAACGACAUCGACUUUGUCAUAAGGAUUUCAGACCGUGGCGGCGGCAUACCUCACAAUAUUAUUGACAAGGUAAUGGACUACCACUUCAGCACGGCCGAGGACAGCGCACAGGAUCCCCGGAUGAGCAACAUCUUCAACAACAUCACCAACAGUGGAAACCAGUCCAACCCCAUGCACGGGUGA